AGUUCAAAAACCCAAGAAAAAAAGGAGAGCAGCAGCUUGAUUUUGAUUCACUUUCCAACAGACAUAAAAUCUAUAUAUUUUUAGUAUUUCUUCAUCCCACAAGCAAGGCAUAAACACAUUCCCUUCUUAUACUUAUACACUUUUGCUUCUUACCAAAACUUAAGCUUCUUAUUUUCUCUUCCUUCUUCAUUUCUUCCUCAAAAUUAAACACAAAUAAUUAUUUUCAGUCCCAAUUUAAACAAUCAUAAUGCGUACAGGAGGUUGUAGCAUACUACAAUCCUUAACACCCGAAGCAACCACCAUUGUUAAGCAAGCAAUAAAUCUUGCAAGAACAAGAAACCAUGCACAAGUUACACCAAUACAUAUUGCUACCAUUAUGCUAUCUUCACCUGCGGGUCUUCUUAAAUCUGCCUGCUUAAAAUCUCACUCCCAUCCUCUGCAAUGCAAGGCUUUAGAGCUUUGUUUUAACGUUGCUUUAAACCGCCUAUCCAGCAUUACUCCCAACCCGAUCCUUGGCCCACAUUCUCACUAUCCUUCUCUUGCAAAUUCCCUAAUGGCUGCCUUUAAACGGGCCCAAGCCCAUCAACGACGUGGGUCUAUUGAGACCCAACAACAGCCCAUUCUUGCUUUAAAGAUUGAGAGUGAACAACUUGUUAUAUCCAUCCUUGAUGAUCCUAGUGUUAGUAGGGUUAUGAGGGAAGCUGGUUUUUCUAGUACCCAUGUUCAGUCUAAUGUUGCUUCUUUAGAGACUUCUUCUCAAUCUACCAAUAAUCUUCAUAUUAUUAGUGAUAAUCAAAACUUUGCUACAAUUGUACCAUCUUCAAGUAAAGAUGUUUCAAACAUGAUUAGCUUGUGGGCUAAAAGAAAAGAAAAGAGUAGUGUUGUACUAGUAGGAGAGUGUUUAAGUAGUUGUGAAAGUGUUGUAAAAGGGGUUAAAGAAAGGGUUGAAAGAGGAGAUUUAAAUGUACCAUUAGAGUUAAGAUAUGUACAAUUUCUAAAUUACCCAUUAUCUAUAAUGAAGAAUCUUUCAAGGGAAGAGAUUGAUUUGAAGUUUGGAGAGAUUAGAUGUGUGUUAAAGGGGUGUGUAGGAAGAGGGGUGGUUUUGUACUUAGGCGAUCUUAAAUGGGUUGCUGAAUAUUGGGCUUAUUAUGGUGAACAAAGGAGACAUUGUUAUUGGCCUAAUAUUGAUCAUAUAGUGAUGGGUUUAAGGAGAUUAGUUUUUGGUAAUUUGGAUAUUAGUGGAAAAUUAUGGCUUAUGGGUAUUGCUUCUUUUAACUCUUAUUUGAAGUGUAAAUCAGGAAUUCCUUCUUUGGAAACACUUUUGGAUCUUCAUCCUCUUACUAUUCCUGCAGAAAGUUUGGACCUUAGCCUCAAUCUUGAUAGUUCUUUACAAGGGGAAAAGAAAAGUGAUGUUUUAGUAGAGGGUAUCAGCUGGCCACUAGUCGAAAAUAAAAUUGAUAAGGAGCUCAUUUGUUGUAUAGAUUGUUCCGCUAAUUGUCAUCGAGAAGUGCGAAACUUAGCUGCCAUUUAUCAAAAUACUGACUCAAUAACAACCAACAAUAUCAAAACCACUAGCUCAAGCUUACCAUCUUGGCUCCAAAAGUGCAAAGUAGAAACCAAACAAAUCAGGACUAAUCAUGAGGAAACAGUGCAAAUCAAAGAGCUUUGCAAGAAAUGGAACUCAAUAUGCAGCACAAUUCAUAAAAGCUCCAAUUUUGCAGAAAAGACCAUUAAGUUCUCAUCAUCUCCUCCUUCAUCUUCCACUUCAGCAUCUUCCUAUGAUAAUCACAGAAUCUAUUUGCAUGAUUUUAAACCAACCAUAACCAGUAGCUGGCCUAUCAUGUAUGAGCCCAAAUGGGCAUCCAAAGAGCACCCAUUUUUCCUAUCCAAACCCGAACUUAUAUCCAAUCCCAACUCCACACCAAAUUCAGCAUCAUCAAGUGAAGCAACAGAGGUAAUCAUAGACACACCAUCACCAUUUUCUGAACACAAAUUCAAUAAGAAUAACCCAGAAAACUUAAAGGCAAUGUGCUUAAGUUUAGAGAAAAAAGUUCCAUGGCAGAAAGAAAUAAUCCCUGAAAUUGCAACCAUAAUUCUAAAAACAAGAUCAGGGAUGAUAAAUAGGAAGAAAAAGAUGGAAACUUGGCUGUCUUUCAUGGGUGUAGAUGAAGAAGGGAAAUUAGCCAUUGGAAGAGAGUUAGCCAAGCUUAUAUUUGGGUCUUAUAACAGUUUCAAAUCACUAGAUUUGAGCAGUUUUGCUUCAAGUGAUGAUUUGAGGACUAAAAGACUAAGAGAUGAACCAUAUGGUGGUUAUCUUAAGAGAUUUGCUGAUGCAGUGAAAGAAAAUCCUCAUCAAGUGUUCUAUUUAGGGGAUAUAGAGCAAACUGAUGAUGGGUUCCAAAAGGGUAUUAAGGUUGCUAUAGAGACAGGUGAAAUUAAGCUUUCAAAUGGGGAGAAAGUAUCAGUAGAAGAUGCUAUUGUGAUAUUGAGCUGUGAGGGCUUUAGUUCAGGUUCAAGAGCAUGUUCUCCUAAUAGCGUGAAGAACAAGUUGAAUGGGAAUGAUCAUCAAGAAUUGAAUGAGUUUGAUGAAGAAGCUACUUCAUGUUUUCCUCUUGAUUUGAAUGUUACCUUUGAGAAAGGUGAAAAAUGUGAGAGUUCAGUUGGGAAUUUCAGGAUUUUAGAUUUAGUGGAUAAACAAAUCUUUUUUAGGACUCAAAUGUUGUAGAUGAGUUGGUUAGCAGAGCUUCUUUCAUUUGGUGUUUUUCAUAAGUUUUGUUGGGUUUAUUAGUCAUGAAAUUGGGUGCUAUGGUUAAUGGUAUACAAUUCAACAAUGUUAGUUAGGGCAACUUACUUAGAUGGUAUACAGGUUGAACUAUCAAUGUAACAGUUCAUGAAUCAUGUGUUAAUGACUUAGUAUAAAUAGUAUUGUACAUUUUGUUCUAAUAUAUUAACUUGGCUUGCAUAUUUUGUGUGCAUGCUUAAUAUGUCUAUAUGGAACUAGGUUGUAUAAU